AUGUACGGCAACGUGGAAUUUCAAGCGAUUGAUGGCGAAUCAACGCCCGCACAGCCAGCUGUGUCGAAUAACAUUCGCGUUAAGGUUCGACAGCGGGAAUUACUUUUGCAGCGUCUCGAAAGUUCUCGCAUGAACUUAGCGGAACUAAGUACAAUGGCUGAACCGAUGCUCAAGGUCAAGCUCGAGAUGUUGCAUCGUCAACUGGACAAUUUUGAAGCAAUCCAGUCGCACCUUGAAGAACUCGAUGAAUCCGAGUUAGAAGGAAUGCAUCGUACCAAUUGUGAAACAGCGUAUUUCGUCGUAAAAUCCGCUAUCAUGGAGCGGCUCGCUCAGCUUCGUGCUGCUGAGCCCGAAACCUUGAGUAGCACCCGCAUUCUAUCGUCGACGUCGCAGUCAAGGUUCCACUUACCAAAGCUGCAAUUACCAAAAUUUUCUGGCCACCAUGCAGAUUGGCUAGAUUUCUUCGACAUGUUUUCCGUGCUCGUGCAUACCAACAACGAGCUAUCAGAGAUCGAAAAAUUUCAGUAUCUUCGGUCAUGCUUAACCGACGAGGCAGCGCGCCUUGUGCAGGCACUAGAGGUCACAGCGAUAAAUUAUCGAAAGGCUAUCGAGCUACUCACAGCACGGUAUGACAACAAACGCUUAAUUUUCCAAUCACACUUAAAGAGGAUUUUCGAAAUUGAGCGUGUUGUGAAGCCAUCCGCAUCCACUUUACGAGAGUUUAUCGAUAUAGUCAACGGCAGUCUACGUGCCAUGGAGUCAUUGGCAUCAAAAUCGCAGAUAGCAGACGGAAUAGUUCUACAUAUGCUUACCUCUAAGCUCGAUGAAGCCACUCAAUCCAAGUGGGAGGACGAGGUUGCCACGAAAUGGAGCAAUACUUCUUCGUCAUUGAGACUGCCUUCAUGGGAUGAUUUAGCUGGGUUUCUUGAGCGCCGCUGUCAGAGUUUUAACAUCAUUGAGGCCAGCCGGAACCUCCCAUCACCUUACACAUCAGCAAAAAGGACACCAUUAUCGCCAUCAACACAUCAUCGUUCAUCGAAAUCGCACACCAGCUUAGUUUCAACCCAACCCAACAAGUGCCACUUGUGCGACGAGCAAGCGACUCACAACGCAUUCAGCUGCAGCAAAUUUAUGGCGUUAGACCCAAUGGAACGUUUCUUACUAGCCAAGCGAAAACAUCUCUGUCUAAAUUGCUUAGGCAUGAACCAUUCUUCAAGCAACUGUCCAUCAUUCAGAAGAUGUCAACAUUGCAAGGUCAGCCAUCAUACGCUCUUACAUCGUAACACACCAGGGUCCCAACGUCAGGAAACAAAGGAGGCUGCAUCUCCAUCAUCAGCUUCGCUUUAUAUUCACAAUUGCCAUAGUGACGUCAUUCUCGCAACAGGCUUAGUACAGCUGAGCAACAUGCACACUACUAAGAUAACGGCUCGGGCACUCCUUGACUCAGCCUCUCAGUUGAAUUUCAUAACUAAGCACAUGGCUCAGAUACUCAAGCUUCCUCGCACUAAGGCAAAUGUAGAAAUAUGCGGAAUUGGUGCUGUGACUACAAUGUCACAUCACAUUGUAACGAUUAAAUUCGAAUCAAUGCAAUCUGGUUUCUCUUCAGUACUAGAGGCUGUUGUAUUGCCAUCGAUUUCUUCAAACCAGCCGCAACAGAGCAUUAAUAUUAACGCUUGGGGUAUUCCCAACAACAUCAACCUUGCCGACAGUCGAUUUAAUCAUCCUGGACCCAUUGAUAUCCUCAUCGGAGCGAGUUUGUUUUUUUACAUACUAUCAGUGGGUCAAAUAAAACUAAGCAAACACUUGCCGACUCUCCAGAAAACACAACUGGGUUGGAUCGUCGCUGGAGCCAUAACAUCACACUCAUCGCCGUCUUUAUCUUCGCUGCUUUCAGUGUCGUCACUAAUCACAUCAUCAUCCUUGUCUUCGCCGCUAACAUCGUCAUCGCCAACAUCAUCGUCAUCGCCAACAUCAUCGGCGUCGCCAAUAUCAUCGUCGUCGUUACCUCCACCAUUUUCAUCACACACAUCAAGUUAUAUCUCGCUCACCAUGCAUUCGCAACCGACAUUGGACACUCUCUUAGAGAAGUUCUGGAAUUUGGAAGACAAAUACCAACAAAAAUCAACAAUGCGUACCGCUGAGGAACAAGAAUGCGAACACUACUUUACGCAAACAACAAGACGUUGCCCAGAGACCAACAAAUUCAUUGUGGGCCUUCCAUUUUCCACCAACCCGAGCAAACUAGGGCAAUCAUACGAUAUCGCCCGUCGUCGAUUUUUAUCAGUCGAAAAGGGAAUGCUGAUAAAUAAUCCGACCGGGGCCGAAUACAAGAACUUCAAGAUUUCACCAAGCGAAUUGUCAUCGAAAGUAGGUACGUACAUCCCACACCACUGCGUUACCAAGGCGGACAGUUCGACUACAAGGCUACGUGUUGUGUUUGACGCCUCUUGCCGUACCGACAACGGUAUUGCCGUCAACCAAAUUCUCCGCGUUGGUCCGACAUUACAAGACAAUAUAUUUACAAUAUUGCUUCGUUUUCGCACACACCGUUAUGUUUUAAUGGCCGACAUAACGAAAAUAUACCGGCAAAUUAUGGUCGGUGAAAGAGAUGCGAAAUGGCAAUGCAUCUUAUGGCGAAAUUCUCCAAGCGAGCCGGUGACCACCUAUCAGCUACAGACAGUAACAUACGGAACUAGUUGUGCUCCGUUUUUGGCAGUGAGAUGUCUACAGCAAUUGGCUUACAACAACAUCUCCACCCACCCAAUUGGAGCUACUGUCACUCUGCGAGACUUCUAUGUCGACAAUCUGAUGACAGGGGGCGCCACAAUUGAAAAAGUCAAAGCAAUCAAAAGGGAAGUCAUCGAUUUACUCGCCAAGGGAGGGUUCGCUCUUCGAAAAUUUGCAGCAAAUCAUCAGAGCAUUAUCGGCGAUGUUUCAGAGACGGACAAGGAACCCGUAAUAAACGUUGAAAAUAUUGACUACAUCAAAACGUUAGGAUUAAAGUGGUCGCCUGCUACCGAUUGUUUCUUUUUUUCAUACACACCGUCUCAGAAACGGCUGCAGAAGGCCAGCAAGCGCAUGAUACUCUCACUCGGCCUUAUAAACCCCAUCAUCGUCCCAUGCAAAAUAAUGAUGCAAAAAUUAUGGAAAUUGCGCUUAACCUGGGACGAAAGUGUACCUCUGGCGAUUCAAACACAAUGGGCCGAUAUAUGUAACCAACUCACCUUCAUCGAAAAAAUUCAUCUUCCAAGGUUCGUAUGUUUUAACUCUAGCACUAAAUUGCAUGCCUUUGCAGAUACGAGUACCAAGGCUUACGGAGCGUGCGUAUAUGCUGUUUCUAACGCUGAUGGAGGCCCACAUUCGUCGCUUAUCGCGGCAAAGUCAAGAGUAGCGCCCACUAAAGAGACCACCCUGCCAAAAUUAGAAUUAUGCGCUGCUCUGUUGUUGUCAGAAUUACUGGAAUCAUUGGUAGCCACACUCACUAUUAAUGCACGCAACAUAUACUGCUGGUCUGACUCCACGAUUGCCCUGUCGUGGAUACAGGGUGAACCAUCGCGUUGGACUACAUUUGUAGCUAAUAGGGUAGCAAGAAUACAGCAGAUCACAGCGGGAUACACUUGGCGUCAUGUAUCGUCUUCGGAAAACCCUGCUGACUUAGUGUCGCGGGGAGUGACGGUGCACAACCUCAUCAACAACCAGUUGUGGUUCCACGGACCACAAUUUAUACAAUUACAACAACAGCACUGGCCUUCCAGUCCAAUGAAGGCCAUUAUUAAUAUGCCAGAGCAGCGCAAGCAACACCACACCCUUUUAUUAACGCAGGUUGAAGGCAUCGUUGCUGAACACAAAUUCGUAAAUAAUUAUUUUAAGCUUCUUCGAAUAUUUGCUUACGUUCAACGUUUCCUCGACAAACUUCGCAAAUUACCAACUGAGCCUGGCGCCAUAACCACUCCGGAAUUGAACGACUCUUUGAUGCUAGUUCUUCGCUACCUUCAGCAACAAUACUUUCCUCAAGAAUACAAGGGGCUUCAGAAAGAUAAUUCGCGUUGGGGGGAGAAUCACCAAUUCAUCACUGCCAUUCGACGCCAAGCACCCCAUUGUACUACCGAGGUCACACCCAUUCGUUCGCACUAUCAUCGAACACCUUCAUCGUCGUCAUUCGCACGCUGGGUGCCAAACGCUGUUGAGCAUCGUAAGAGACAAAUUCUGGGUCAGAAAUGCUCGCAGCAUAAUAAGACAAGUAGUACACCGUUGUAUUUUAUGUUAUCGCAAUAA